AUGAAAGAAUACCGAGAUCUCUGGAAAGCAGAUCAAGCAGUGGAAAUCGAGCGAUUGAAGAGCACUGAUAAAGAAGACUUCAAAAUAACAUCGGUCAUCGAUCUCUGGCCUUUGAUCAACAUGCAAAGAUCCCAGGGCAAGACGGACCACGAGAUUGCUUCAGCCAUUGAAAGGAAUUACGUUGGUGCUCAUCACUAUCUGACACCUGCAUUAUUCGCGCCUCCUCAUCUCAUCGAUCGCUUCGGCGACGAUUGGGGAAUGAACGCUCGAGGUAUCUACUAUCGCCAUCACUACUCUCCUGGAUGGGUCACAGCCGACCACAGCUUAUGGUUGCCGUCACUGGACAGCAUAGACUGGAACGACGUCGUCGAGGAAUCUCGUCGGAUCAGAGCUAAAUCAUUCUUGAAGCACGCCCUGGAUAACGAAAAGUGGAGUAAGAGCGAAUACGCGUGGGAGGCGGAUGCUUGGACAGAUGUUUUCGGCCUUAUGAGAGAUGAUCCAGCACUGUCGUGA